GGGGGCGCGCGGUGCACGCCGGGACGGCAGCGCGCGCCGCGGCCGGGAGGAGGCGGAGGAGCCAAGAUGGACGCCGGGUUCUUCCGCGGAACCAGUGCAGAGCAGGACAAUCGCUUCAGCAACAAGCAGAAGAAGCUGUUGAAGCAGUUGAAGUUUGCAGAAUGCUUAGAAAAGAAGGUGGACAUGAGCAAAGUAAAUCUGGAAGUAAUCAAACCAUGGAUAACAAAACGAGUAACAGAAAUCCUUGGAUUUGAAGAUGAUGUAGUAAUUGAAUUUAUAUUCAACCAGUUGGAAGUGAAGAACCCAGAUUCCAAAAUGAUGCAAAUCAACCUGACUGGUUUUUUGAAUGGGAAAAAUGCUAGGGAGUUCAUGGGAGAACUGUGGCCACUGCUAUUAAGUGCACAAGAAAACAUUGCUGGUAUUCCAACUGCAUUUCUGGAACUGAAGAAAGAAGAAAUAAAACAACGACAGAUAGAGCAGGAGAAACUGGCUUCCAUGAAGAAACAAGAUGAAGACAAAGAGAAGAGAGAUAAGGAAGACAAAGACAACAGAGAGAAAAGAGACAGAUCCAGAAGUCCAAGAAGGCGCAAGUCCCGCUCUCCCUCCCCGCGGCGGCGCUCGUCUCCCGUGCGCCGCGAGCGGAAGCGCAGCCACUCCCGCUCCCCCCACCACCGCACCAAGAGCCGCAGUGCCACCCCUGCCCCCGAGAAGAAAGAGGCCACUCCUGAGCCAGAGCCCUCCGUGAAACCAAAGGAGACUGUUGUGCAAGAGGCAACUUCAAACAGUGAUAUCCCAAAAGCUCCUAAACCUGAACCUCCUGUACCAGAGACUAAGGAAACUUCACCAGAACGUAAUUCAAAGAAGGAAAGGGAGAGGGAGAGGGAGAGGGAGAGGGAAAAGGAGAAGGAGAAGACUCGUCAGAGAUCCCCAACUCGGUCCAAGUCCAGGUCAAGGUCCCGAUCUCGUUCUCCAUCUCAUUCUCGACCCAGAAGGCGCCAUAGAUCUCGGUCAAGUGGGAUUUCUGAUUGUGCCCGGCCUUCCUCCCCUAGAAGACGACCCAGCCCGCGGCGCCGGCCGUCCCCGCGCAGGAGGAGCCCGCCCCGGAGAAUGCCUCCCCCACCCAGGCACAGGAGGAGCAGAUCCCCCGUGAGGCGGAGAAGACGUUCCUCAGCCUCUCUGUCCGGCAGCAGCUCCUCCUCCUCCUCAUCGCGCUCCCGCUCUCCACCAAAGAAGCCUCCCAAGAGACCCGUGUCCAGCCCCCCCCGCAAAACUCGCCGCCUGUCCCCCUCUGCCAGCCCCCCCCGGCGCCGCCACCGGCCCUCGCCCCCCGGCAGCCCCCCGGCCAAGCCCCGCCGCUCGCCCAGCCCCCAGCAGUCCAACCGCGCCCGCAAGAGCCGCGGCUCCGUCUCGCCCAGCAGGGCUUCAGCACCCAAACAUAAGAGUACUGAGAAAAGAGAAUCUCCUUCGCCAGCACCCAAGCCCAGGAAAGCAGAGUUGUCGGAAUCAGAAGAAGACAAAGGAGGCAAAAUGGCUGCAGCAGAUUCUGUCCAACAGAGGCGCCAGUACAGGAGGCAAAAUCAACAGUCUUCAUCUGAUUCUGGUUCUUCAUCUUCCUCAGAAGAGGAGAGGCCCAAGAGGUCGAACGUGAAGAACGGGGAGGUGGGCAGGCGCCGCCGGCACUCGCACUCGCGCAGCCCCUCGCCCUCGCCCCGCCGGCGCCAGAAGGAUUCCUCCCCUCGCAGGAGGAGGAGGAGCCCCUCGCCGCCCCCCGCCCGCCGGCGCCGCUCCCCGUCCCCGGCACCACCGCCCCGGCGCCGCCGCUCCCCGUCCCCGCCUCGCCGAAGGUCUCCAUCUCCACCCCCGCGCAGACGUUCUCCCUCUCCACGGAGAUACUCCCCCCCAAUCCAGAGGCGAUAUUCCCCAUCUCCCCCUCCCAAGAGGAGAACAGCUUCUCCUCCUCCCCCUCCCAAAAGAAGAGCCUCCCCUUCCCCCCAGUCCAAGCGCAGAGUCUCCCACUCCCCACCACCAAAACAGAGGAGCUCCCCAUCUGCAAAGCGGCGCUCCCCUUCCGUAUCUUCCAAGCACAGGAAGGGGUCUCCUCCCAGCAGAUCCAACAGGGAAACGCGUUCUCCACCACAAAACAAAAGGCAUUCACCUUCACCACGGCCUCGAGCUUCCCACCCCUCCUCCAGCCCUCCGGCGCCGCGCCGGGGGUCGGCGUCGCCGCAGAGGAGACAGUCACCCUCCCCCAGCAGCCGGCCCAUCAGGAGGGUGUCCAGGACGCCAGAACCCAAGAAAACAAAGGCUUCCACCCCCAGCCCCCGGCGCGUGUCCUCGUCCCGAUCUGCGUCGGGGUCACCCGAGACAGCUCCCAAAAAGCACCAAGGACCUGCAUCUCCUGCCCGCUCUCGCUCUCCUUCUGCAAACUGGUCACCUGCAAAAAAGGCCAAGAGCCCAACUCAGAGCCCAUCACCUGCCAGGAAUUCAGAUCAAGAAGGUGGUGGCAAGAAGAAGAAGAAAAAGAAGGAUAAGAAGCAUAAAAAGGAUAAAAAGCACAAGAAACACAAAAAGCAUAAGAAGGAGAAGGCAGCAGCAGCUGCAGCAGCUGCUGCUGUAGCUGCAGCAGACACCACCUCAGCACAGGGAGAGCAGGAAACAGAGACAGAACCCAAAAAGGAGACAGAAAGUGAACCCGAGGACAACCUGGAUGACCUAGAAAAGCACCUGAGGGAGAAGGCCCUGAGGUCCAUGAGGAAGGCGCAGGUGUCCCCCCCCUCCUAGGACAACCCUUUGAUAUAAUGUACAUUUUAUUUGGUUUGUACUCAGAAUUCAAUUUCAAAUUGCUAAAUGUGUUUGAGCUUUAGAAUAUAACAUUUGUUGUAAUAAUUGCUAGGUUGAGGUUCACCAUGUACAAAGGGCAUGGAUUUACAUUACAAAAGGUGUCCACAGUGUACUAGUGACAUUCUUUCAUUGACAGUCAGCAUAAUUUCAUUUAGAGUGAGACUUUUUAGAAGCAGUAGGAAUUUGUUUUGGAGGUUUGAAACAUGACCGUCAGUUCCCUUGUUUCUUUGAAAUCCAACAGAGCCUUGAGCAGAAUUUGUGAGGGUCUCAUUUGACUUCUUUUGUAUCACUUACAUGAUGCUACUAACCUUUGUGGUUUGUAGGCUUGCCCAGGAGUAAAACCACUGCAGAAUUCAAGGAAAUACAUCUCUAUUUUAAUGCUUUCUACUGUUGCCUGUAUAGUCUCCAUUAAAGCCAAUCAAGAAUAGCAAUUUAGAGUGGUACAUAAAUGAAAGCAUGUUGUUUACCAGGACACUGUGGGUUUAUAUUGAUGUAACAUGUUGAUUUGGAACACUGGAAUUUCAUUUGUAUUUUUAUGUUCUUUUUUUAAAGGGCAGUUUCCAUGAUCAGCAGUCCCAGAAAAAAAAUAUAAUUCCUUCAGUUCCAUAAAUUUUGUUUGUGAGCUGUCGUUGCCCCAUUCAUAAAUCUUGUCUCGUUAUGGUUCUUCAGAAUGGUCUGAGCAACUUUCAGAGCUGUGUUCUUUGAAAGUUUAGAGGAACCUAAACUUUGGAUAUUGUCAUGUUUUCACUGUUCUUUGUUUUUGUUUUUUUAACUAAAGCUAUAUAAAGCUUGUGGAUUAAACAAAAUAAAUUUCUAAAUUUAAA